AUGGCCAAGCUCCUCGCGCUCGUCGCGGGCGCCCGCGCGGCGCACCACCACCUGAACCCGACCAUGCCCUACACGAUCACCAACGAGGCGCCGGGCCACGAGGGCGAGUCGCGCGAGUUCUCCGGCGCCGCCUACUUUGACGUCGACAGCCCCGUUUUGACCAUGCGCUACUCGGAGGUCGCCUGGCGCACGCUGCCCGCCGUGCCGCUGCCCGCGGAAGUCGUCGCGAAAUACGCGAACGCGACCAUCGCCGUCACGGGCUUCGAGGUCGACGUGCUGCGCGAUCUGGGCAACGGCGCGACGGAGUCCGUCGCCGCGUACGACUCGUACAACCACCACUACGGCGUGCAACUCUUAAGUUCCGCCGUCCGGCUCUCCUCCGACGCCGCGGGCGCGGCCGCGGGCGCCUUCUACGGCCACGCCAAGGUCCUCGACGUGGAGGUCGCCGAGGGCGCGGCGCCCCCGGGCGCGCGCCUCGCGCAGUCCUUCGUCCACGGCAACGGCCAGGAGCACCGCCAGAUGUUCCACGGCGCGCCCCCCGGCUACGCGCGGCGGCUCUGGAGCCCGUCGGCGUUCGUCGUCGCGCCCGUGCAGAUCUCGACGAACGACGGCGACGGCGACCCGGGCCAGGGCCCGCUGCCGGCCAUCAAGCGGCCCGGCGGCGCGACGCCCGCCCGCGCCGCCUGCCCCCGCACGACGCGGAACAAGAUCAACGCGACGGCGGGCACCGUCGACGGCCGCGCGUUCGACGGCGACUGCGACCGCGCGGAGCCCCUCAGCGACCUGAACGCGACGAAGAACCCGACGUGCGAGGCCGCGACGUACGUCGGCGGGCUGAGCUGCUGCGCCGACGGCGCCUUCCUGCUGGACGCGGACCAGGAGCCGCCGGCCUUCGAGGACCGCGUCUUCUUCCGCUUCCGCUUCUACUACGACGACUGGGACGACGACAAGUACGCGGACAUCGAGCACGUCGAGUGGGCCGCGAACGGCUGCGACAGCGGCUGCUCGGGCGGCGGCUGCGCCAACGCCUGCGGCCACAUCGAGUUCGACGUCGUCCGGGGCGUCGGGUCCGACGAAGGGGACGACGUCCAGAUCUUCCAGUCGACGUUCCCCGCGGGCGAGAUGCUCGCGUCGUCGUGCAAGCCCACGGACUGCCAGUGCAUGGGGGCCGACACGGUCGGCGAGUCGGGCUUCGCGCUGGUCAUGGCCGCGAGCCACUGCCACGCGCCGAACUGCAUCCGCCAGGUGCUGAAGAACCUCGACUCGGGCGAGAUCCUCUGCGACGGGAAGACCCGGGUCGGCUCGUCGGAGAAGGUCUUCGACGAGGCGGGCUACCUCUUCACGCCGCCGUGCCUCUGGGGCGCGGCCGCGGACGGCCUGCUCGCGCCGCCGGUGCUGAAGAAGGACACGACGCUCCAGAUGCUCACCUACUUCAACUCGACCUACGCCCACCCGGGCCAGAUGGGCAUCUGGCAGAUGAAAGCAACAGCCUUGUCCGCCUAG